AUGUUAGCUCUACAACAACAAUCAUCAUCAUCAUUAUCAUCAUCAUCAUCUGCAGACACAACGAUAUCGACGUUGACUCUCGACAGCAUUACCACCAGUCCCACUCCACCAGUCCUACCCACCAACGAGGAUGUUCAGAUCGUCUCCAACAUGCCAGAACCAUUGCCACUCGACCAAUUGCGUCACCAGUACUACCUAUUACGCCAUGGGCAGAGCACGGCCAAUGUCGCAUCCGUCAUAUCCUCGGAUCGAUCACUGGCAUAUUCACAACGACAUGGACUCACCGCUGUCGGAUAUCAACAGGCGACACAAGCCGCAGAGUCACUCAUACAAGCACUCGAAGAACAGGCUUCAACAGUAGUAGUCAAAAAGGGAGAUAAAAUACUAUUUGUAUCAUCGCCUUUUGCCAGAGCCAGACAAACGGCACAAGCAUGUCUACAGGAAUUGUGCCAGAAUCCAACGUUGCGACAACGACUCGACACUUUGGGAGUCGAAAUACAAAUGGAACUCGAUUGCCAUAAUAAUACUAAUAUUCUACUCCGAGAACAACUCAUGGAACGCUAUUUUGGAAGACUCGAUGACGAAGCCAUUUACACGUACGCAUACGUGUGGCCCGUCGACAAAUUCAAUGUCACUCAUACUGCAUUUGAUGUCGAAUCCGUCGCGGCCGUUUGUACCCGCAUUCGAUCAUUGAUUAUGGACGACCUGGAGCAACUGGAGUUUGUGUCCGACGAUACUAACAAUGAUAAUGAUGAUGAUGAUGAUAAUGGUUGCAAAUAUCACAUUGUCAUGGCAUCCCAUGCCGAUGUCCUCCAAAUUGCACAACUAUAUGGCGCAAAUGCACCCAAUGUUGGAGCCUUUUCGUCCUAUCGAUUCGCCAAUGGAGAAGUACGGAGAAUGCAAUCCACUGUGGACAGUCUGCCAGAACCAGUGCCGCUGCAACCGCCCAAACGAGGGACGCAAAUAUAA